GACAACAGAGUGCGUAUUGCGCACCACGCUGCACUUUUCAGUGUGCGCAACGCGGCCCCCCUCGGCGUACUUUAGCCCAUUACCGUUAACCACAAACCCAAAAAAAUAAAAAGUUCACAACCAAGAAAAUCAAAAGAGCUUUUUCAACUUUCAAGCCUUAAAGCUAAAAAAAAAAAUACUCCAUAUUUUCUCUCACUCUCGUUCUCUUUUUCUCUUUCUCGCUCUUAGAUCUCGGUUUCGUUUCUCGCUUCGAUCAUUUCACUUCAGGGAGUCGCCAUGGCGACUCGAUCUCUGCUUCUUUUGGCGGUGGUCUUACCCUUCGUCGUUGCCGGAGCAGGCAAUGCUGCGGGGAUUGCACUUUCGUCGAAGCUCAUUCACCGAUUCUCGGACGAGGCCAAAGUGUUUAGGGUUUCUGGGCAUAGGUUUGCUUCUUCUUGGCCUCAGAGAAGUACCGUUGAGUAUUAUGAGAAGCUUUUGGCCAGUGAUUUCCAGAGGCAGAAGAUGAAGCUCGGUUCUCAAUUUCAGUUCCUGUUUCCUUCUGAAGGUAGUCAAACGAUGUCGUUAGGGAACUACUUCGGCUGGUUGCAUUACACAUGGAUUGAUAUAGGAACGCCGAAUGUCUCUUUUCUGGUUGCAUUGGAUGUGGGAAGUGAUCUGCUUUGGGUUCCAUGUGACUGUGUUCAGUGUGCACCAUUAUCAUCCAGUUACUAUAGUAGUUUGGAUAGAGACUUGAAUGAGUACACUCCAUCUGGUUCAAACACCAGCAAGCAUUUAUCAUGUAGUCACCAGUUAUGUGAAUUGGGUCCAAACUGCAAAAAUCCCAAGCAACCAUGCCCUUACGUAGUUAAUUACGGCACAGAGAAUACAUCAACUUCUGGGUUGCUUGUUGAGGACAUCUUACAUCUUGCGGCAUGGAAAAACGGCACAUCAAACACAAACAAUUCUGUUCAGGCACCUGUUAUUGUCGGUUGUGGCAUGAAGCAAAGUGGCAGUUACUUGGAUGGAAUUGCCCCUGAUGGUCUCAUGGGUUUAGGACUAGGAGAGAUUUCAGUUCCUAGUUUCCUUGCCAAAGCAGGAAUUGUGAGGAAUUCUUUCUCAUUGUGCUUUGAUGAAAAUGAUUCUGGCCGAAUAUUCUUUGGUGACCUGGGACCUAUCAAUCAACAUUCUACAUCAUUCCUUCCUUCACCUUCAAAUGGCAACUAUGACACAUACAUUGUUGGGGUGCAAGCAUUUUGUAUUGGGAAUUCUUGUAUCAAGGAAACCAACUUUAAAGCACUGGUUGAUACUGGGACAUCAUUUACUUUUCUUCCAGAAGAUGUGUACGAAAAAGUUUCUUUGGAGUUCGACAAGCGAGUGAAUGCUACAAAAACUAGUUUUGAUGGGUAUCCUUGGAAGUAUUGCUACAGAACCAGCUCUCAAGCGUCAGUCAAAAUUCCAUCAGUUACACUAGUGUUUCCUGCAAACAACAGCUUUGUGGUCUAUGAUCCUGUUUUUCCAGUUAAUAGCAAUGAGGGAGUUAUUGGAUUUUGUUUAGCCAUACAACAGGGAGAUGAGAUUGGAAUAAUCGGACAGAACUUCAUGACGGGAUACCGAAUGGUGUUUGAUAGGGAAGCUUUAAAGUUAGGCUGGUCAAGAUCAAAUUGUCAAGAUCUCAGUGAUGCCAAGGGCAUGAAUCUUACACCUCCCCCAAAGGGGACACCAGCAAAUCCAUUACCGACAAAUGAACAGCAGAGCAACCCUGGUGACAUUGCAGUUGCUCCAGCCGUUGCUGGACGAGCUCCCUCCAAACCCUCAGCUGCCUCAUCUCGGAUCACUCAAUGGCGGUUUUAUUUGUUGAGACUAUCACUGUUGCUUCUACAGUUUCAUAUUGUAUUGGACUGUCUGGUUGGGAGUUGUUUUUUCUAGAUGAGGACGUACGUUGUCUUUCAUGUAAUGUAAAUUAAGGUUUUGUUUCUUUCUUGCUCUUCGGUUUUCUUCCUUGUUCUCCCCCCCUCUUCUUUCUCAACCUGAAGAUGUUUAAUCCAAUGGCAUGAGUAGUUAUUUUAUUUUAAA